GUUUCUCAGCAAGCGAGGGCUGAGCAAGAAGAAGAAUUCAUCAGUAACACAUUGUUUAAGAAGAUCCAGGCCUUGCAGAAAGAGAAGGAAACACUUGCAGUCAACUAUGAGAAAGAAGAGGAAUUCCUCACUAAUGAACUGUCACGGAAACUCAUGCAGCUGCAGCAUGAGAAAGCAGAACUUGAACAGCACCUGGAACAAGAGCAAGAGUUUCAGGUUAACAAACUAAUGAAGAAAAUCAAGAAACUGGAAAAUGACACCAUCUCCAAACAGCUAACACUAGAACAGCUAAGGCGUGAGAAAAUCGACCUUGAAAAUACAUUGGAGCAAGAGCAAGAGGCACUAGUAAAUCGUCUAUGGAAAAGGAUGGACAAACUUGAAGCUGAGAAACGAAUUUUACAAGAGAAAUUAGACCAGCCUGUGUCUGCCCCACCAUCACCACGAGACAUAUCAAUGGAAAUAGACUCUCCGGAAAACAUGAUGAGACAUAUACGAUUCCUAAAGAAUGAAGUAGAGAGGCUAAAGAAGCAACUAAGGGCUGCUCAGUUACAGCGAUACAGAGAAGAUGCCCAGUAUUUGGAGGAAGAACGUCACAUGAGGGAAGAAAACCUGCGACUUCAGAGGAAACUUCAGAGAGAAAUGGAGAGACGAGAGGCCUUGUGCAGACAGCUGUCGGAAAGCGAGUCCAGCUUAGAAAUGGAUGAUGAGAGGUAUUUUAAUGAGAUGUCUGCACAAGGAUUAAGACCACGUACUGUAUCCAGUCCUAUUCCCUACACCCCAUCCCCAAGUUCCAGCCGGCCCAUUUCUCCUGGCUUGUCCUAUGCAAGUCACAAUGUGGGAUUCACACCUCCAACCUCCCUCACUAGAGCUGGAAUGUCUUACUUCAACUCUCCAGGUUUACAUGUGCAGCACAUGGGCUCAUCCCACGGGAUAACAAGACCCUCGCCACGAAGGAGCAACAGUCCUGACAAGUUUAAGCGCCCCACUCCUCCUCCAUCUCCAAACACCCAGACUCCAGUGCAGCCUCCGCCUCCGCCACCUCCUCCAGCACAACCUGCAGUCCAGUCAACCGCAUCUCAGUCUGCCACUUCCCACAAUUCAGUGCAUCCUCCCUCUCAGCCCUAG